AUGGGACAAGCAGACAUUAUCUUAGAGUUUUCAAUUCUCUGGAGGACCGAAUACGACGGAUAUCUCCUUGCAGGUAUUUCGGGCUCUACGCUCUGUCUGGGGCAGAUUUCCAAUCAAACCUGCCUUGCUGUUUUCUUCCAGAAUUUCGAAACGCAUCUUUACUCCCGAGCCUACCUACGAGAAGACCACAGAGACCCGCCACCUGAAGACGCCAGCAAACCGACAAUCACAGGAGGUUUCUCACUCCCAUCAGAGGUCAGACAAACUGAGAUCAUCUGUGGUGAUUCCAAAACUUUUGCUGCCCCGGGCAACUUUGGUUGA